UCAACCCAUGGCAUGCAGGCGCCGAUUCCGCGCCGACGCUCCUGGUUGGCCACCGUUGCGGGCCAAGAAGAAAGGGGGUUUCAGAUCACAGUGUUUCAGAAUUUUGACAGCUGGUGGAGAAAGCUGCCGUUAGUCGAACUGUUGGGUAGUUGCGGCUACACUGUCCCGCGGUACCGAGCACGGCUGCGGGUUCUGCUCAGGGGCGUGUCCCUGCUUUCCACGGUUCAGCUGGGGUUGGAACCGCAUCCUUAUCCUGGAGAAAGGAGAGAAGCAACCUGGAAUUGCUGA